AUGAAGACGAAAGGUGGUGGCGCCAACCUUUUUCCCUGCGAACCACCGAUUGAUGAGGAAGCAAAGUUGGAGGCGGCGGCUAGCCGGGUUGCGUCGCCAGAAUUGGAGAAGCAGGAAUCCUCGGCGAUGGUGGAUGGCGCGACAAGGACGAAGAAGGCGGAGGAGGGUUGUGGCGGCAUCGGUUCUCCUCCCACGAACCCUGGGGCGAUUGCCUUGACCCGAGCGGAGCAGCAAGGGCGUGAGCGGGCUGGGCUCUUGUCAGACCAAGGGGAUCGAUUGAGUGGGCCAGGAAGAGGAAAGGAAUGGGCUGAAUUAGGGCCUGAGCACAGACUGAAAUUUGGAAGGGAGUGGACCGAUCCAGAACCAGUUUGUGGACCAUUCUUUGGUUCGAAUGAGGCUUUGGUACAAAAGCCAAUGCUUGGGCCUUACAUGAGCAGAUUGACAUGUAUCCUUCUAAAUGGAGUUGGGCCAAAAUUAUCAAGUCACAUGGGCCAAUGGAAUGGACCUGAAGAAUUGGUGGCCACAUCAAUAUAUUGGGCAAAAGAUGGGUUGAGUCUGUCCUUCCGUCAACUGAGGAGGCCAUCGCCGCCGGUGAUGGAAGACUCGGCGAUGGAAGGGAAGAAGAAGAGAUGCGGCGGGGGCGGCAAAGUGCUCUUCCCGCCAAGGAUGAAGAAGGUGACACAGGAGGUUGGCGGCGGUGAGUUACUUUGGCUCGCAAACUCUCUGCUGCCUCUUGCCCAAACGACCCAGUAG